AAUUGUUGUGAUAAACUUAUUAAAUAGAAGCUAUGACUCAACAACUUCCAAUCAAGUUUCAGGAGCAUUUACAGCUCACAACUGUUGGCAUCAAUGUCAGCAACAUCGGAUUUAGUACUCUGACGAUGGAGUCGGAUAAGUUCAUCUGUGUGAGAGAGAAAGUUGGAGAAACAAACCAUGUUGUGAUUAUCGACAUGACUGAUCCUACCAACCCAAUCAGGCGACCAAUAACUGCUGACUCUGCGAUCAUGAAUCCCUCGUUCAAAGUCAUUGCACUAAAAGCGGGAAAGACCCUGCAAAUUUUCAACAUCGAAAUGAAAACGAAGAUGAAGACUCACGUGAUGGUCGAGGAUGUUACUUUCUGGAAAUGGAUAAACGAGAAAACUCUCGCGCUUGUCACUGAGGCUUCUGUGUAUCAUUGGUCCAUGGAGGGAGAUAGUCAGCCACAGAAGAUCUUUGAUCGACAUGUGAACUUGGCACAGUCGCAGAUCAUCAACUACCGAGUGGAUCACCACCAGAAGUGGAUGUUGCUGGUUGCCAUUCAGGCUCAGACUGGGCGAGUGGUGGGUUCGAUGCAGCUCUACUCGAUGGAGAGAAAAGUGAGUCAGCAUAUCGAGGGUCACGCAGCUGCCUUCUGUCAGUUCAGAAUACCCGGGAACCCCGAGGAUUCGACCCUGUUCUCUUUUGCUGUUCGAUCGGCCACUGGGGGCAAAUUGCACAUAAUUGAAGUGGGGACUCCGCCUACUGGAAAUCAACCGUUCCAGAAGAAGGCAGUCGAUAUUUUCUUCCCACCGGAAGCAGACCAGGACUUUCCGGUUGCUAUGCAGGUGAGUGACAAGAUGCACAUGAUCUUCAUGAUCACGAAGUGUGGCUACAUCCACAUGUAUGAUCUGGAGAGUGCAGUCUGCAUCUACAUGAACAGAAUCAGCUCCGAUACCAUCUUCGUCACCGCACUCCACGAACCCUCAGGUGGCAUCAUUGGAGUCAACAGGAAAGGUCAAGUACUGUCCGUCAGUUGCGAUGAGGAGAACCUGGUUCCGUAUGUAUCCAGUAGUCUGAACAACCCAGAACUGGCACUUAGGUUGGCCCAGAGGUGUAAUUUGUCUGGUGCUGAUGAUCUGUUUGUGAAACAGUUCAACAAUCUGUUCACUCAAGCCAGAUAUGCUGAGGCAGCGAAAGUGGCAGCUACUGCACCCAAGGGAAUCUUGAGGACCCCCCAGACCAUCCAGAGGUUCCAGCAGAUUCCACAGCAACCAGGACAGACGACGACUCCUCUGUUGCAGUACUUUGGGAUCCUACUGGACAAAGGACAGCUCAACAAGUUCGAAGCUCUCGAAUUAUGCCGACCUGUUUUGCAGCAGAACAGGAAACCACUGCUGGAGAAAUGGCUUAAAGAGAACAAACUAGAAUGCUCUGAAGAGUUGGGAGACCUUGUGAAACAAAUGGACACUACGUUGGCACUGUCCGUAUAUCUGAGAGCGGACGCUCCAGCCAAAGUUAUCCAGUGCUUUGCCGAAACUGGACAGUUCUCGAAGAUAGUGUUGUAUGCCAAGAAAGUGAACUAUCAGCCCGAUUGGAUCUUCCUGCUGAGAGCGGUGAUGCGAACAAGUCCGGAUCAGGGACUCCAAUUUGCCCAGAUGUUGUUCCAGGACGAUGAGAAACUGGCGGAUAUUAGACAGGUUGUGAAUGUGUUUACGGAGAUGAAUUACGUGCAGCAGUGUACCUCGUUUCUGCUGGAGGUGUUGAAAGGCAAUAAACCGGAAGAGGGUGAUUUGCAGACGAGACUCUUGGAGAUGAACCUCAUGUCAGCGCCACAGGUGGCCGAUGCGAUUCUGGGUAACCAGAUGUUCACCCAUUAUGACAAGGCGAGUGUGGCCAAAAUGUGUGAACAGGUGGGACUCCUUCAGAGGGCACUGGAACACUACACGGACCUGUUCGACAUCAAGAGGGCUGUAGUGCACACGCACCUCCUCAACUCAGAGUGGCUGGUGAAUUUCUUCGGCACUCUGUCUGUGGACGACAGCAAAGACUGUAUCCAGGCCAUGCUGGCAGCCAACAUCCGGCAGAAUUUGCAGGUGUGCGUGCAGAUAGCCAGCAAGUACCACGAACAACUCGGAACUCAAUCCCUCAUCGAGAUAUUCGAGUCAUUCAAGUCAUUCGAAGGACUGUUCUACUUCCUGGGCUCCAUUGUGAACUUCAGCCAGGAUGCAGAUGUGCACUUCAAGUACAUCCAGGCAGCAUGCAAGACGGGCCAGAUCAAGGAGGUCGAGAGGAUCUGCAGGGAGAGCAACUGCUACAACGCCGAAAAGGUGAAGACGUUCUUGAAAGAGGCAAAAUUGAACGACCAACUGCCUCUGAUCAUAGUGUGCGACAGGUUCGACUUCGUGCACGACCUAGUGCUGUACUUGUACCGGAACAACAACCAGAAGUACAUUGAGAUCUACGUGCAGAAAGUGAACCCCAGUAGACUGCCGGUUGUGGUGGGGGGUCUGUUGGACGUGGAUUGUAGCGAGGAGAUCAUUAAGAACAUGAUCCACUCUGUCAAGGGUCAGUUCUCAACUGAUGAGUUGGUAGAGGAGGUCGAAAAACGAAACAGACUGAAGUUGCUCCUGCCUUGGUUGGAGACUAGAGCUCAUGAAGGUGUAGAUGAACCGGCGACUCACAAUGCACUAGCCAAAAUAUACAUCGAUAGCAGCAACAACGCUGAGAGAUUUCUGCGUGAGAACCAGUUCUACGAUAGUCUUGUCAUCGGCAAGUAUUGCGAGAAGAGGAACCCCCACUUGGCAUGUGUGGCUUAUGAGAGGGGAUUCUGUGACCAGGAGCUGAUCAAGGUCUGCAACGAGAACUCGUUGUUCAAGAGUGAGGCCAGGUACCUAGUUAGAAGGAGAGAUGCAGAUCUCUGGGCGCAGGUUCUGGUGGAGGACAACCAGUACAAGCGGCAGCUGAUAGACCAGGUGGUGCAGACUGCACUGAGUGAGACGAAGGACCCGGACGACAUCACAGUCACAGUCAAGGCAUUCAUGACUGCAGACCUACCCACUGAGUUGAUAGAACUACUCGAGAAGAUUGUCCUCGAGUCCAGCACAUUCUCAGACCACAAAAAUCUGCAGAACCUGUUGAUUCUGACUGCGAUCAAGGCGGACACGACUAAGGUGAUGGAGUACAUCAACAGACUGGACAACUACGACGCCCCAGACAUAGCCAACAUCGCCAUCGACAAUGAACUGUUCGAGGAGGCCAUCGUCAUUUUCAACAAGAACCACCAGUAUGCGCGUGCGAUCUCGGUGCUGAUAGACAAUGUGAAGAACCUAGACCGGGCCUAUGAGUACGCGGAGAAGUUCAACAUGGCAGAGGUGUGGAGUCUCCUGGGAGGGGCCCAGUUGAGGGACGGACUGAUGAAGGAGGCAGUGGACAGUUACAUCAAGGCACAGGAUCCAACUAACUACCUGGGUGUCAUUCAGGCGGCUCAGACCAACGGAAUGUACGAGGAGUUGGUGAAGUAUUUGAGCAUGGCAAGAAAGAAGGCGAAGGAGCCAGCGAUAGAGACAGAGUUGAUCUAUGCAUAUGCUAAGACCGACAGACUGGCAGAGUUGGAGGAGUUCCUAGCCAGUCCCAAUCACGCAUCCAUUCAGCAGGUGGGUGACAGAUGUUUCGACGACGGACUCUACGAGGCGGCCAAGCUCCUCUUCAACAACAUCUCCAACUUCGCCAGAUUGGCCUCCACCCUAGUACACCUGGGCGAGUACCAAGCGGCCGUGGACGGGGCGCGAAAGGCCAACUCCACUCGCACCUGGAAAGAGGUCUGCUUCGCUUGUGUCGAGGGCCAGGAGUUCAGAUUGGCUCAAAUGUGUGGACUUCAUAUCGUUGUUCAUGCCGAUGAACUUGAAGAACUGAUUAAUUUCUACCAAGAUAGAGGAUAUUUUGAGCAAUUGAUUACACUUUUGGAGGCGGCUCUGGGAUUGGAAAGAGCGCAUAUGGGUAUGUUUACGGAACUGGCAAUUCUAUACUCGAAGUUCAAGCCGAGUAAAAUGCGGGAACAUCUGGAGCUGUUCUGGUCACGAGUGAACAUUCCGAAAGUGCUACGCGCUGCUGAAGAAGCACACUUAUGGGCGGAGUUGGUGUUCUUGUAUGACAAGUAUGAGGAGUAUGAUAAUGCGAUUGUGUCAAUGAUGAAACACCCGACAGUCUCUUGGAAGGAAUCGCUUUUCAAAGAUAUCGUCACGAAGGUCGCGAACAUUGAGCUGUACUACAAGAGCAUCCAGUUCUACCUGGACUACAAGCCCAUGUUGCUAAAUGACCUGCUGCAAGUGCUGGUUCCCCGUCUGGACCACACAAGAGCAGUGUCCUUCUUCCGCAAGGCCAACCAGAUGCCACUAGUGAUGCCCUACCUCAAGAGUGUCCAGAACCAGAACAACAAGGCUAUCAACGAGGCCGUGAAUGACAUCCUGAUCGAACAAGAGGACUACAACACACUGAGGACGUCCAUUGACAAUUUCGACAACUUCGACAACAUCAGUCUGGCUCUGAGGCUAGAGAAACACGAGCUAGUGGAGUUCAGACGUAUCUCUGCCUAUCUGUACAAAGGCAACAACAGGUGGCUACAGAGUGUGGAACUGUGCAAGAAAGACAUGCUUUUCAAGGAUGCUAUGCAGUACGCAUGUGAGAGUAGAAAUACAGAGAUAGCAGAGGAGUUGUUGGCCUGGUUCCUCUCAGAACAGAACUUCGAGUGCUUCUCAGCCUGUCUCUACUCCUGCUAUGACCUCCUCCGACCAGAUGUGAUCAUGGAACUGGCGUGGAAGCACAGAAUCAUGGACUACGCCAUGCCAUUCUUCAUACAAGUCAUGAGAGAGUACCUCACUAAGAUUGAUAGACUGGAGAAUGCGGAGGCAGUGCGGAAAGAGGCUGAUCAGGAGAAGGAAUUCAACCAACAGCCACUUGUACUAGAUGCAGCACCUCAGCUGAUGCUGACAGCAGGCCCCGGAGCCUACGGUGGAGCCAUGCCAGGAGGAAUGCCACCGGGAGCAUACGGUGGAAUGCCAGGUGCAGGCGGAGGCUUCGGUGGUCACCCGGGAUCCAUGCCACCUUACAUGACUUCAAUGCCCAACUCAGCUGGCUAUGGAAGCAUGUAAUCAUUAGUCCAGUCCAAUUCCAGUGCACUGCACAAUUUAGUUCACCUGGCAGAAUAGACAUUUAUCAGAAUAUGACUCAGACAUUAGACGAUCUCAUCUCUCCGGCCUUUCAUCGUAGACUCCUGAAGAUUGACUCAUAGCUUCUGUUUACCUGUUGACUAUUGUUGUGUACAAGAACUGAAAGAAUGACAAACGUAACUUAUACAUUGACCUUGUUUUAUUAAAUUGUAAUGUAUUUAUAAACGAAUUAUUCUACGGGAACUGGUUCGGUGAAUUUAUUGUGUUAUUCUAACUUCAUUGCGCAGUUAGCCGAUUUCGUUCCAGUUGUUUAUAUAGCUUCAAAUUUGAUCGUGAUUUCAAAAACCAAACAAACCAACAAACAACCAGAUUGUCUAAUGUAUUUUAUCAUACCCUAAUUCACUUAAUUUACAAUUAGCCCAAUCGUACUUAACUUAGUCUUAAGUAAUUUCAUGUAAAAUUGAUAAACAUGAUAUGUCCGGAGAAUUUUGUGUAAGAUCAUUUUUAUUAGAAAAAAGUAACUAAACAGAUCUUUUCUGCUUUCUAAUAAUGCGUAUUUCUUUUGACUGAGGAACCGUAUUUUGCUUAACAUCAAUUUGAAGUAGAAGAGCUGUUUUACUCUUAAGAUAAUGAUGUGUAUAUUGCUAUGAAAGUAUUUUGGUUUCAUUGAUCCAAAAACAUCUGCAAAUGCUCAAAUUUACUGUGCUGUGUCACAUGUAUAAAGAAGCCUGCUUUUGACUAUAAGAUCCCCAAGAUCUCUCGCUUUCUUGAGUUUCGGAUCAGAUUUGUACAGGUAAUCUCGAAUUCUUGGAAGUAUCGGAAACCUUGGUAUGUCGAAUUCGUCCCAUUAGCUUUUUUAACUUGGAAAAUUUAUAUUGGGCGUCAAAUUGCGCAUAUUAUCAGUUUUUCGUUAGCUAAAAACGGAUUCAUGAUAACAGCCAAGUAUUACGGAUUAAGUAUAAUUGUGAGUUAUCAUCCCUACUGUUUCGUUACAUUAUGUUUGGUUGAGGUAAUCCAACUCUCCCUUUUUUCGAUGAAUUUCUGUUUUUAUUUUCAAGUGUAUUGUAUCCGUAGUCCGUAUUUACUUAUCCUCGCUAUGAAUUAAAGUCUCCUCUGAAAUCCUAUUUGUUCAUUCAGUAAUACCACAAUUUUCAACCGGGCUUAAAGUGUAGAGAGUUGUGCUGUAAAUUAUAGAUGGAGGCCACUGUACCAAAAACAAUUAUGACAAUUAUUCGAUAAAGUAUUAUCAAUUGAUCUAUAUGCGUUCAAUAAAUUCAAAGUUUUGUAUUUCA